UUGAGAUAAGAAAUGUAACCUUUUUCUGUCAAAUGAAGUGGAGUUGACUCUUUCAAACGUCAGUCAUAUGUUCCCGGCAUGUGGAUCUUUCCUUAUUAGAUUAGUAAAUUGACUCAGUGAUUGACUACAAAGAAUUCUAGAAACAUGGACAACAGCCAACCUUCUUGCAGCAGCAGUACCAGUUCAAAUGGAGCGCAAAACGGAGAAAUGAAAAAGUUGAGUGUAUUAUGUCUUCACGGUUAUCGGCAGAAUGCUAAAACCUUUAAUUCGAAAACGGGUUCAUUUCGUAAAUGCGUGAAAAAAUACGCCGACUUUGUGUAUACUACAGCGCCCCAUAAAGCACCCCCUCUGAACGAACCCGAAGGAGGAUCUCAGGAAGGCGGUGACGAUGACGGUGAGGGUCAGCGCAGCUGGUGGUUCAAUAAAAGUGACGGAACCUUCAAGGGUACGAAUCAAGAUGGACCAGCCUAUGGCUUUGAGGAGAGCUUGAAACAUGUCGAAAAAGUGUGGCGUGAAGAAGGACCUUUCCAAGGGCUACUUGGUUUCUCUCAAGGAGCAUGUUUUGCUGGGCUAAUAUGCUUGCUAAGUGCGAAAUCGAUGACAUCGAUCAAACCGCAGUUUGUUAUCCUAGCGGCCGGAUUUAAAUCUGGUAGUCUAUCUCAUAAGAACAUUUACGAAGAAACGCCUACAAUACCAAGUCUUCACAUUUUUGGUGAAAGUGAUAACAUAAUUCCAGGUCCAAUGAGUGAAGCCCUAGCUCAGCAUUUUAGUGAUCCUCUCAUUUUGACCCAUCCAGGUGGGCACUUUUUACCUGCUUCAGCUCCACAGAAGGAAGUAUAUGUGAACUUUUUCCAAGAUCAACUUGAAGAGUAUUUAGAAAAUGAAACUUUAAAAGAGGCUGAAGAAAACGAAGCGAGUGAAGUGCAAAGCAAAUAGGAAAUUUUUAUUUGAUUAAGAAAUGAAACAUAAAAUAUA